AUUUAUUAAUCCCUUAUGAUUUUACUUUUAAGUUUAAUAAGAAAGAUAAAGAUGUACAAUAAAAAAUUUAUUGAAAUGCUUAUAAUUUCGCAAAUUUAUAUUAUCGCAUUGGUAGCUCUGAAAAUCAAUGCUUUAUCCCAAAAUCAAACAUUUACGCUUGCUGUAUACUUCAUAAAGAAAUGCAUUAGCCCGGCUAUAGUAAAUUACGAUUUGCUAACAAAACCAUUGGGGAACUGUGCUACCACUAUAGGAAGCUAUAUAGAUUGUAUGAACAACACUAAAAAUAACACAAUAUAUUAUCAUCCUUGUCCUUAUCUUUUUUUUGAAUCAGGUGUAAUACCUGUUUUGUGUAAAAAUGGAACAUUUGGAAAAGUUGAUUAUACUUCUUACUGUUCAAAAAUUACAGAAGAGGAGAAGAACAGUAGAGAAUUUUUGUUAUUUUAUGAAGCAGGAAUAAUAUCAAAAUGGCAAUAUCAAUAUGAAAUUGAUUUAAAAUUUAACAAACGAAUACUUGUUGAUUUGGGAUACUUUCUUCGUAUAAUUGAUGCUGCUGCAUGUUUUGUUGGCUUUAUUGUACUCUUAUUGUUAAUUCCACUUAAAAAUCAUCGUGUGAUGUUGCAUAGAAAUUUGAUAGUCUCCAUCAUGUUGAGAGAUAUUGCGUAUAUCGUUUACACUCAUCUAAACACUAAAACAAACCCUUAUGAAAUACCUAAUAUGAAGGGCUGCAGUUAUGCAUAUUUGUUCUCACUUUAUUUUGUUCUUGUGGAAAUUACAUGGAUGUUUAAUGAAGCUUUUUUUCAGUUUCGACAAUUUUUUUUUGUUUUUAUCACAAAAUCCUACAUGUGGCUCUACUUUAUUGUUGGCUGGUUGGUACCUGCCAUUAUUUCUUUUGCAAUUUUUUUACCAUUAAUGCUUCAGUACUCAACAAAUAAACGUUUUAUAAUAUGUUGGAAUAAUGGAAGUGAUACUCGGAUAUAUUAUGCAAUUUUCGUACCAAUUUACAUAUUAGUUAGCAUGAAUGUACUUAUAUUGCUGUAUCUAAUGUGGAUUAUUAGAAGCAAGCUUGAAAGUGGUACUGGUUGUGAACUUGAGAAAUCAAGGAAAGCUGCUCGAAGCUUUUUUAUUCUUGUAUUUUUACUUGGUGGUGGUUAUAUUUUUGUAAGUACUGGACCAAGUGACUGUAUACCAUUUGAAUAUCUUCAAGUUAUUCUUAUUGCUCCUCAGGGUAUUUAUGUUUGCAUAUUUCAAAUUUUUAUCAGUAAAGAAGUACGGAAUUCUGCAAGGUUAAAGAUAAAUCGUCUCAAGCAAAAAUCAUCUAUUCCACGAUUUGUUUCUCAAUCAACUCACAGCACUUCAAUAAGUAUUAUAAAGAGAAUGAGUGCUGGGAUUUUUUCUCGUAAAGUAUCGGAUUUAAAAUUCACUCCGACCCGGUCAACGGUGAAUACAAGUUCAAGUGUGAUUUUUAAUCUUAAUUUACAAAUAUGUAACAGUAAAAAUGACUUAUUAACAUUGGGAACAAAAAAUGACGGAUUUGAAUACGAAUUGCGAUAAUUUCUUUCAUUCAUCUGGAGAUUUUAAUGCUAUUUGUUUUAAAGUAUUGAAACAUGUAUUCAUAACAUUGUAUCACAUUGCUUAAAUAGACUUAUCUAAUAUGAAAGCAAACGGUGUUAAACCUAUCUAUGCUCAUGAUUAACAACACUUUUUUAAAAGCCAAGUCAGUGAGAAUAUUUUAUGGCUCGUGCAACAUUUACAUUAUAUUUGAAUCGCUAACUUGAAACAUGUCCUGCAAAAAUUCACGUAACAUGUCUCCUUUUUCAAGUUAGCGAUUCAUUUUAUGUUAGUUUACAUUAGAAGCAAGAAGAAAUUUAUGUAUAUAUAUAGUUAUUUACCUUUAUAUUUUUAUAAAGUGUUGUAAUAUUAUUCUUUGGGUAGCAAGUAUAAAAGCUAAACUUAUUUUUAUGAAGUUACUGUUGUAAUAAUGUUUUAAUAAUUUUUCUUAAUCCUAUAGAA